AUGCGCGUGGGGGCGCCCAGUCGACAACUGUGCUCUGCAUGGGCACGCGAUUUGGUUUCACAAACACGUCGCGGUGAUGUCAGUGGCCCUCAAACUUUAUCCACGAAGAUACGCACUUGCACGACGGGCGAGGAGGCGUUGACGAAGCAUAAGCCGUCGCCGCCUUCUACUACUUUAACGGCGGCGGAGUUUGCACAUAUUGCACCGAUGGUGUUGCUUCGUCAGGCGCUGCAGCAGCGUGCCGUCUCGGCCUGUGGUGUGGGUGUGAACGAGAACGCGAAUGUAAUUAGUCGGGCGGUGUUUGACCAGUAUUGUGCUGAAAUCCACAUAGAAAAUAGUGAAGAGGCUCUGCGCCUCUUGGCGGAGGCUGGCACUGUCGUCCCUAUUUCUGACGGGGAGGGAGUGCAUCUUCGGCCGCUCCAGUUGGUGCAUAUGCACGAAGACCUUGUUGGGGCGGGGGUGGCGACGGGGCCUUCCUCGCUUUUCUUUAUUGAGGAAGCCACGAGGCGAUUGGAGGCGGCACAGGCUGAAGAGGCAGCGAUGAGGCAGGAACUGCAACCCGCCGUCAUGCGAGCUGCCAGGUGGCGUAGACGCGUGUGGGGUGCGGCACUCUGCUUUGCAGGAGCUCAGUUGGCUAUUAUUUCACGCCUUACAUUCUUUGAUCUGGACUGGGACAUCAUGGAGCCUGUCUCGUACUUCCUUGGGACAGGUACCUCCCUCUUCUUCUUUGGCUAUUUCCUCCGAUAUGGGCGGUCGCACACCUACAGAGACUAUGAUCAAACAAUGCUACCAAAAAAACUGAAACAGUAUGCGCCCCGUGACUUUGACUGGGACAAGUAUAAAACCUUUUGCAACAAAGUCGACGCGGAACGAAGCACCUUGGAGAAAAUCAAGGCAUGGAUGAAGCAACACUAA